AUGUUUCUGUGCAGGCUGUUUAGGAAGACGGUGGUGCUGGUGACAAUAGUCGUGGUGUUGCUAAUCGUAGCAUCCGUCAUGUUAAUCCUUCAUUUAGUUAAUAACUCAGGAUCAAGUGACAAAUUCCCUAUCGCAAUUGGAGUAUACACAUACGAAGUGGUUUCUAAGUAUAGCCACAUUCACGACCCUGCUAUUGGAAAGCAAAUAAAUGUUGGGUCAAAUGUUAUUCCAAUUAAUGAAGCACACUCGCCAUUCACACAAGGAUUACUUUUUAUAGAUCAUGACACACUGCUCGAAUCUUCGGGGUUAUACGGGGCUAGCUACAUCAGACAAGUUUCUCUUUCUUCAGGGAAAACCACAAAGUUCCACAAUUUAAGAAGUGACCUCUUCGCAGAAGGUUUGGCAAUUGUCGUGGAGCCAAUGACAUACAGGAAGUUUAUCCUUAACCUGACGUACAGGGAAAAAAUCGUCCUCGUUUUUGAUUAUGACACUAUGGAGCUGUAUCACACAUUUGAGCAUGACUUGGAUGGGUAUGGGCUGACGUCCAACAUCGACCCCCUACAAUCCGUUGAACAAUUGAAGGAACAGAAUUUUGCUCUUCAUCAGAAGCUGUGGACAACUAGUGGGGAUAAUUAUUUGUACGAAGUUGAGAUUCCUCACGAGUUUACAAAAAAUAAAAAACUGUCCAUCUCUGCGAAGACCCAAAUUACCUGUGCGGGCUUCUCGAUUUUUAGCAUGAACGAGCUGGAGUACCAUGCGCAGGCCCAGACGCUUUAUGCGAAUAUUUUCCUCACCACGUUGAUCCUUGAGAUCGACAUUUCCAAUGGCAGGUGCCUCAAGAUCAUCGAUGUCUCCGGCCUCAUCGAUCAGUGUGACAAUUACGUAAGUGGGAUGAACGCGGUGGGAGUAAGCGAGUCGGAGGAGUGCUCCCGGCAAGCAAGCAAGAAGAACAAGGAGUCCGUGCUCAACGGAAUAGCGAUCGACUCUGAGAACAACAGGGCGGAACUACCCAAUCUGCUCGUGACGGGCAAGUUCUGGCCCAACAUGUUCCAAAUCAGGCUCGUCAAAAAGGUCGGCAAGUGGGAGCCCAUCAAUGUGCUCAGCGAUUAUUUCAACUCGAUUGGGAACAAGGUAUCGUAA